GCACUUGUUUGCUUUUCCAUCCCUGCUGGCUAGUGCAUCAACUACACCCCCUGGUGCUGACUAUUUCAUUUUGUAGUGACUUGGUCAUCCUCUAGAAAUAAGCCUGAAGUCUGCCAAGGAGCAGACUGUCAGAUGUAAAUGCCACUUCUCCUGUCCCUGUUUCUCCAGGGACAUUUAUUUUCCCCUUUAUCUGAUUUUUCCCCACCCUUUAACAUCUUGAUAAUUUUAUUAAGACAAAAAAAAAAAAAAAAAACUGUCAGGAUUCAAGCAUGAGCUGUUCAGUGUGUUUCAAAGCCCCCAGCUGAACUGAGCAGAGAAAUGAGUGGAGGCUGGGCUAAUAAGUUUUUUAAGUCAGUCUGGGGAUUGGAGGAUGCAGUUACUUUAUUUAUAUCCUUCUGACCGAGGGAGCCAAAGGGGGCUGACUUUUGGUACUACUCCAUGGCUUUCAACCCCUUCCGUUCUGUUUACUGAGGACAGAGGAAGGUACUUAACUAAGGUAGUGGUUGUGCUCACUUAGCAACAUGUGCCCAGUACACACAGGGCAGAGCAGUGUGGCGUCAGCUUGGGAAUAACUGCUCUGAGCACUCAUUAGCACUCCUCUUUGCUCUCAACCCUUGUAACAUCUUUAUCUCUGGUCGGUCUGAAACCCUCCUGCACACUUCUCUCCCAGGCCAUGCUCUCUCCAUGACGGAUGAUCAGCUCCUAAGCUAAACGCUACAUGUCAGACGACUCUCCUUGGUAGAUCCAAGGAUCCCUGGGGACUCCAAAAUCUCCCCACUUUUUCGGUGUGUGUGUGUCCCUCUAGAACUUUCAAAACUGUUUCUCCAAAGGUUUUUGCAGAAACUCGGACUGUUUUCUAAAGCAGAAGCACCUCAGUCCACAGCAGUAGUGAUGGGCAGCGUGCGAACCAACCGCUACAGCAUCGUGUCUUCGGAAGAGGACGGCAUGAAGCUGGCAACCAUGGCGGUUGCCAAUGGCUUCGGGAAUGGGAAGAGCAAGGUACAUACCAGGCAACAGUGCAGGAGCCGCUUUGUCAAAAAAGAUGGCCACUGCAACGUCCAGUUCAUUAACGUGGGAGAGAAAGGACAACGUUACCUGGCAGACAUCUUUACCACCUGCGUAGACAUCCGCUGGAGGUGGAUGCUGGUGAUCUUCUGCCUGACUUUCAUCCUAUCGUGGCUUUUUUUUGGCUGUGUAUUUUGGCUGAUCGCUCUGCUGCAUGGGGAUCUGGAGGGUCCAGAAAUGCCUUGCGUCAAUCAAGUGCGCAGCUUCACUGCAGCCUUCCUCUUCUCCAUUGAGACCCAGACAACCAUCGGCUAUGGCUUUCGGUAUGUCACAGAUGAGUGCCCCGUUGCAGUCUUCAUGGUGGUUUUCCAGUCUAUCGUAGGCUGCAUCAUUGAUGCCUUCAUCAUUGGUGCUGUCAUGGCAAAGAUGGCUAAGCCCAAAAAGAGAAACGAAACUCUGAUCUUCAGCCACAAUGCUGUGGUGGCCAUGAGGGAUGGGAAGCUAUGCCUCAUGUGGCGUGUUGGGAAUCUGAGGAAAAGCCACUUGGUGGAGGCGCAUGUCAGGGCCCAGCUACUCAAAUCCAGAAUCACUUCUGAAGGCGAGUACAUCCCUUUAGAUCAAAUAGACAUCAAUGUGGGGUUUGACAGUGGGAUAGACCGCAUUUUCCUGGUCUCCCCAAUUACGAUAGUCCAUGAAAUAGAUGAAGACAGUCCCUUGUAUGACCUGAGUAAGCAGGACAUGGACAAUGCAGACUUUGAAAUUGUAGUCAUUUUAGAGGGCAUGGUGGAAGCUACAGCCAUGACUACUCAGUGCCGGAGCUCCUACCUGGCGAAUGAAAUCCUUUGGGGACACCGUUACGAGCCUGUACUCUUUGAAGAGAAAAACUACUACAAAGUGGACUAUUCUAGGUUCCACAAAACGUAUGAAGUGCCCAACACGCCCCUUUGUAGUGCCAGAGACUUAGCGGAAAAGAAAUACAUUCUCUCCAACGCAAACUCUUUUUGCUAUGAGAACGAAGUAGCCCUCACCAGCAAAGAGGAGGAGGAGAGUGACAAUGGGGUGCCUGAGAGCAUGAGCACGGACACGCAUCCUGACUUGGACCAUCACAACCCGGUUGGGGUGCCGCUAGAACCUAGGCCGUUAAGGCGGGAAUCUGAAAUAUGACUGAUUGACUUUUUCUCUGUUAUGUUUUGGUUUAAAAGAAAAAUCUAUCGGUCAAAGAUAAGUUGACCCGAGCAGUCGGCCCAGAACAGUUUUCAGAUGAUGGUACUGUUGAAGAGUGGCAUGAAAGCAAGCAGCCCUGAGAAACCGAGGCUGGUUUUAAGGCUGCCUUCAGAGAAGGGACAACAGAAAGUGAACUCUAAACACAAAGCACUAAACAUGUCUAAGCAUGACCAGAAGGCACAUAUGUUGUAGAAUAAAUUAUGUAUAUAUUUUUUUACAAAACUUGAACUUGCAGGCAAGCUUUGGUUGGGUUAUAUAUAUAUUUUUUUCAACUUUUUCCAGAAUGCUUCUCUCUAGGGAACAAGAAUGUUUUUAAUGGCAUAACAAAGGCAAGAAUCUGCCUUAUUAUUAUUAUUAAUAUUAUUAUUGUUGUUGUUGUUUUUUUUUUAAAGCUGCUGCUAACUACAUGAACACAAAUUGUUAUUUUGUUGCAGUGUAGUUUUGUUUUGUUUUUUUCUCUUGUGUAAUUUAAAAUACAGUCAGUGUUCAACUUUGUGGGUUGAAAAAAAGCUCGUGAUCACACUUCAGAAAGGCCAAUGCUGCCAGAUAGUCUGAAUUUCUUUUGAGGCCAGUAGUUUGAUAGCUAGAAUCAAUUUCUCUUUCUUUUUUUUUUUCCAGUUACAUAAGGGGCAUUAUGUAACAUAAGGCCAAUUGAUAGCCUCCAGCAACAGUUUUUUUUUAUUUUUUGGGGGGUGGGGUGGGAGAGGGAGGGGGAGAAUUUAAUUCUCUAUCUCAAAUUUUAAGUUAAAACUACCUAAGUGGAUACCAAAGAAAAUGCAUAUUUUUGCACAGUGGAGCUUAUGGAAAAGAAACGGGCUGCUUUAAACAAAACCACAAAUUCUGAACCUCCGACAUUUGUAAAGGCCCUUAUUUUGCACCUUAUUCAGAAAGCAAAGCUUAAAACUUGGAUCUAGGUAAAGCAAGACCAUAUUUCCCCCCCCCACCUCUUCCCGCCCCGUGCAGAAAAUCGGCCCCUCUCCUUUUCUUCUAUAAGAAGAAACGAGGGGCUGCGCAGGGGGGUCAGGGAAGCAAACAUCUGUUCUUUCCUGUUAGCGAAACACUAGCAGGACUCUAGCAGAAGGUCAAGUGUUACUCUGCACACAUUCCAGACCUGCUUCUCGAACUUCGAGCCCUCUUGAAGCUGACCCAGCAAUCUGAAAACUCAGCCAUCAGACGUGCUGGAGGCUGCGACCGAAUAAAAAUCAACUGUCGUUAUGUUGACUAGUUAAACUCCACCAGAGACGUGCAAAGGCACCGGUCUGCGUUGGAGGGUAACUGGGUUGGAAUAGACAUUUAGGCGCAGGUGAAACGAGUGACAUGUGGGGAAGGAGGGGGAAAAAAAAACAAAAACUGGUGGUAAAUCAGUGUGAAACGGCAGAGGGAUCCGAGUGGAAAUGCUGCUCUUUGGCAGGGCAAGGGUGUCAGGCAAAGUGUUUUCUGGAUUGUAUGAAAAGGGAUUAUUUGAAGAGGAUAAUACUGUAAAAGAGUUUCCCUCUCUUAUCUCCUUUCCACCACCCCCCUCUCCCUCCAUCAACAUCAGCUGAAUUAACAGUGGAUGUCAUAUGUCACCAAGCCUUUUGUGACCUUACGUGAAAGCCACGACUCCAAUGGUAUUUUGGCUCCCCCACCAAAAAAAAAAACUUUAAAAUUCUCGGUGCCUCUAAGAUCAAGCGCGUAACUUAGCUGCGCUUCAAGGUUUUUCGCUUGUGCAUCUCCCUGUAGGAACAGGUUGGGAGAGGGGGGGCAGGAUCAGAAAUCCGAGUCAACUCUUUUACAGUAUUGGAUCACUGUAUGCCAUUAAAAAACAGCUUGUUCUAAGUCUAAUGUCUUCUACAAAUGGACAUCUGUGAAGGCCUCUGGCCCCCUACAGCCUUGCCUGAAGGAAAUGCCUGCAAUGAAAUGGUGGUUUCUGAUAAGAUGGUAUCUACAGUAACCUGAGUAGAUGGGUUUGAAAACUGUGUUAACCUUGUAAACGUAGCUUGGGAUAGGAGAGAGGGCAGAUUUUUUUUGGAGAGAGGAGCAUGGGUGAGAGGGAGGAAGAGCUUCAUACACAAGACAACUGGGACACAGUUUUCUGGGUCAUAGACAGUGAAGGCAAUUGAAUGCUAUUAGUGCUGCUAACAGUGAUGUUUUUGCAUAGGAAACCAACUAAACCAAAGAGUAUUCAGUGAAAUGUUAGACAAGAAAAGAAAAAGAUGCCGUGGGGACGGGUGGGGAAAGGAAGGAUGAAAUGGAGACUUUCCCCCACCCCCAGUGAGGUUACUCCGAAGUGCCCCCACUGGAGUGACUUGAGUUAGAAGAGAAAGGGAUGGGAAAUGAAGAAUGGGGAAAUAAAAGCUUUGGUUUGUUUCUUUAAGGAAAAAAAGAAAAAGAAAAACCUAAAGUUUUCUGAUGCACAGAUUUCUUUUUCCAAGUCAGUUUUUUCAGAAAUAUUUUUAAAAUGUACAAUUUUAUAAAGUUUAUUGAGUAUUUUCAUAUUUAAAGCCAAAUGUAAAUAAAAAAAAAUCUGUAAAGGUGGAGAAGAAGAAGAAAAACAGAAAAGGCCAUAGAAAGUAUAAAUUCAGUUCAUCAGUCUCGGCUAGCUAGUACCUAGAUGCUACCGGUUAGCACAAAUUUUAGCAAAUAUUUGCAAGCCUUAUAGGAUCCUUAAUGCUAUGAACUUUUGUUAUUUAUUUUAAGCAUGGACUUUUAAUUUGAAAACAUGUUCUAGUUACUGGCAUUUUCUUUUUUUAAAGUUACCAGCUUUCAGAUUGCUAGUCGUGUUGAGAGUGGAUACUUAGGUCAUUCAUUGCACUCUCUGCUGGAUUUCUUUGUUUUGUUUUGUUUCGUUUUGAAAUAACCCUUUGUCUUUACCGACUGAAUCUCACAUUGCAGAUUUGCACUCGGCCUCUGGCUCGUGAAAGCUGCUAGAAAGAGAGCUGCAAUGUUUAUUUCAUGGUACCCUUCCCCUGGUUCGUCUCUCUCCAACGGUUUAGAUUUCCACGUUUUUGGAACAGGCUUUGGUAAGCCCAGGCCAGGUCCGGCUGUCGUAGCACUCCUACGCAGGUGCAAAGCGGUUUAGUUGAUCCCUUUUAUUUUGGAGGAACACAGCGACUGACAGCAUUCAGUCAAUGAUUCUUGUUCCUGAAGCCGUCCUGCAGAGCCUGUUCCAAAAGCCCUUUAAAACGGAUGGGAUUUCUUUUUCCUCCGAUUUUAAUGGGUUCUGGUUUGGCCCCUUCAUCGAGGGCAUGACACCAAGGAUGAACCUGGCUCAGCGUCUCUUGUGGCUGGCACAGAAGGUUUAGACUGUAUUUUGCUUGGGGAGUCGGGGGGGGGGGAAAAAAAAAAAUCUCACAAUUUCUGCCCUUCCCUGAAAAUACUUGAAUGAGACACAUUUAUUGUCUGAAGACAUAAUCCUGCAUACAGUGACAAAAGCAUUUCAGAGGCAGAUGCGGAGUAUUUCCUUCCCUCUGAUCUCUAGGUGCAAGUUGUCUUUUGGUUAAGUAGCAAGGGUAGAAAAUCACUACAUAUUAUUGCUCUAUUUAAUGAUACUUUCUCCCAGUCAGGGUACACUUCUGUGUUUGCUAAUAGAGCACUUGCUUUUUCUCGGCAAAGACAAAGGGUCCAGAUGUUUUGUUUGUUCUCUUCGGUCUUCUUUUUCAUAUUGGAUUACACGGUAAAACUGAGAAGUACUGUAAUGUCUUUAAACUAUGGCUGCUCUCGACUAUUUUGAGGUAGAAAGGUGCUGCAUAGUUGCCAUCUCACAGCCAAUCAGAAACUUCUUUUUUAAUGACUUCUGGCCUGCAGCUAUUGUCAGGUGAACAAUCGAGGCAUUUGACAAUUGUCCAUUACUAUUUUCCUGUUUGCAGCCUUUUUGUAUCAAAGUCUUCCUAAUGUACUGCACAAAUUGUGGAUUGUACAGAUUUUUUUAUAUAUUAUGUCUUAUUUUAUUAUUUCUAAAUAAAUAAAAAAAACA